CUACUGCCACAUGUCAGAUGAUUAAGGGUGCACUGAAUACAUCACAGAUAAGAGUACUUUAAAAAAAAAAACUUAAUAAAAGGGGAACUAAACCACAAAAGUUUCAAAAGGAAAAGAAAAAUCAUGGAACAAAUACACUUAACCAAAACUCAAUAUUGCAGCUUCAACAAAAAAGUAGUAUUCCAAAUAACACUUCCAAUAAUUCUUUUUACAAUAAUAACUUUACAAUUAGUCAAAAAUAUAUCAAUCAAAACACCUUCAAAUCCAAUAAUUUCAACUUCAUACAUAAACAACAAUGAAGAACAAGGAGCUCCACCGACAGAAAGUGAUACAAGAAUUAAAAAAUGUGAUCUUUAUUCGGGUGAUUGGAUCCCAAAUAUGGAUGCUCCAUAUUAUACAAAUGAAACUUGUUGGGUGAUUCAAGAACAUCAAAAUUGUAUGAAGUAUGGUAGACCCGAUACUGAAUUCAUGAAGUGGAGGUGGAAGCCUAAUGAUUGUGAGUUACCCGUUUUUGAUCCGAUUAAGUUUUUUGAGAUUGUUAAGAAUAAGUCUAUGGCUUUUGUUGGUGAUUCUGUUGCUAGGAAUCAAAUGCAAUCCUUGAUCUGCCUCUUGUCUCGGGUUGAACACCCUUUAGAUGUCUCGACUAGCAAAGAUGAUAAUUUCAAACGCUGGUACUAUCAAUCGUACAACUUUACAUUAGUUAUAUUAUGGAGUCCAUACCUUGUGAAAACGAUCGAAAAUGAUCCCAAUGGCCGAACAGGAAAGACCUUCUGGGGACUUCAUCUCGACGAGGCUGAUGAUGUUUGGAAGGAUGAAAUUGACAAGUAUGAGUAUGUUAUCGUAUCUGCAGGACAAUGGUUCUUCCGACCUCUUAUAUACUAUGAAAAAGGACAGUUUAUGGGUUGUCGUUAUUGUGAGAUCGAUAACCUAACAGAGUAUUCCCUUUCGUUUGGGUUCCGGAAUGCAUUUCGGACAGCAUUCAAGGCCAUCUUGGAGAGGGAAAGUUUCAAGGGCAAAGUGUACAUGAGGACUUUUGUUCCCGGUCACUUUGAAGGGGGUGAGUGGGAUCAUGGAGGAGAUUGCUUGAGGAAAAGACCCUAUAAAAGUAAUGAGGUCAAGGUAGAAGGGGAGACUUUGGAGCUGUACACGGCCCAAAUGGAGGAGUUCAGGGAGGGCCAAAGAUUGGCGCAGCAGCGUGGGCUGAGUUUACAACUCCUUGAUAUGACCCAGAUUAUGUUGUUGCGGCCUGAUGGACACCCGAGUACAUACGGGCGUCCGGCCAAUCUGACCUGGCCCAGUGAUUGCGUCCACUGGUGCUUGCCAGGGCCGAUUGACAGUUGGAGUGAUUUCCUGCUUCUAAUGCUAGACUGAAGGGAUGAUAUUCAGCAGAAAUGAGGGAAAUUGUAUUUUUAUUACUCAAGGUUUUGACAGCUUGCUAGAAUAUUUUAUAGGGAAAAUUUGUUGAGAUCAGAGUUUAAGUAAUACUAUGUAUUCUAACUAUCAAUAUCAUUACAUUGGUGAUAAUACAAAUCAGGCAUUUUACUCA